UCUACAAUUUGUUGGUUAUCAAUUUAUGAAUUUCAAACAACCUUUUUUUAAAUGUAGUACCUUUUUCAUAAUAUGCACUGUCUUCAACAAGCUCAGGUUUAGAUGUCCUUCAACAAAGAUAUCUGCGCUUAAAAUGUUUUUAUAAUUACGCUACUUUAAGAAAGUGUGGAAUGCAAAAAAGAAAGAGAAAAAAAUGUUUAUAGGAUUUAUCUAAUUUUAGAAGAAACUUUUCGAAAGCAUUGUGGUUACACGUUAAUUAUGGGAAUUUUCCAUUCUGUCCAAGGCCAAGUGGAGAAAGAUGAAAGCGGUGGCGAGACCAAAAUACAAGAAAUGGAGGAAUUUCAGAUCGAAAUACAAGAAAGGGAGGAAUUUCAGAUCGAAAUACAAGAAAGGGAGGAAGGAUAUCCGGAACCGAAACCUCCAGGUCCAUUACAUAGAAGUUUAGCACGUACGCAGUAUUGUUUUAAAGAUGACAAAUUCAACAACGCUAGAGACGAAGAUGACUUAUUCAAGAACUUUGACGUUGAUGAUGCUUACAUUACAUUGGAUUUAAACACAAUGUCAGAUGAAUUUACCGACGAGCUAAAACCAGGUCAUUCUCAGACUGCUGCAAGUAUAGAAUCAACUCUAUCAUUUCAUGCGAUUGACGAUCAUGCUAAGAAGGCUGACCAACACCUACUGGGUUCCUUUCAAGAGCUUCUUGAGUAUCUUACAAAACCUUUAAAGUUAGACAUGUUUCGGAAGACUAAAACAGCAAGGGCCAUUGUUGUAUGGCUGAGCCAACAGGAACUGCAAGGGAAAAACUAUGGGAAAAAGAACCUUGAUACUCCACAAGGUCUCCUUCAGUAUCUUAAGGAGGAAAAAAUGUCCUACGCUACAUGCUAUGCUUUACUAUGCAGAAAAGCUGGUUUACAGUGUGCAAUUGUACGAGGCCAUGUAAAAGCUGCUAGUUAUAACCCUGGGGACGAGAAUUUACCACUAUCGUCUUGGAAUGCGGUCUAUGUAGAAUCUGGUUGGCAAAUUGUGCAUGCCCACUGGGUAUGUAGAGCGGUGUUUGGACACAAUAUUGGUGGAUGGAUAAAAGUUGAGCAAGAUGGCCAGACAAUGACUAAAAAGGAAAAGGCAUUUUCCGGCAUAGAACUAAAUGUUUUCCAGGAGCAGUUCUUCAUGCCAAAUCCUGAGGAAUUUAUCUACAUGUGUUGUGCUUCUAAAACAGAAUGGCAGCUAGUGCCCCAAGGUUCUGUCGUGCCUUCACUUGAAGAAUUUAUAAAGAAGGCGUAUUUGCAUCUUCCAUUCUUUGAUAUCGGCUUUAAACUGACCAGUGAACAAACAUGCGUUCUAAACAGCAAAAAUGGUUUCUGUAAGAUAGAAAUGAAAGCAAGAACUGCAAAUGCUGACUUAAUUGUUCUUAAAUAUGAACUGUUUAAAAGGGAUAUGAAUGCCGAUUCAUAUGACACUUCAACAAAAGUGGAGGAUGUUGCAAGGAUGGUAUUCAAUUCAAGAGCACGCGAAAUAUUCAUUUUUGAUAUUAGGUUUCCAGAGACUGGCAUCUAUAAACUUGUAAUUUCUGGUGGUCCCCAUAAAUCCCAAAGUCUUCGUUUAUGUAAAUUCAAACUCGUCUGCAAUCAAGAGAUGGUCGGCCGUAACCUGUUGCCUUUGGACUGUGGCAAAGUAGGGUGGGGUCCUGGGCCGGUCUCUGUAGAAGCUGGUCUUCUGAUGCCUUCAAAACCUAGUGGGCUUAUACCUGUGAACGAAAAAGAGAAGAAGACUGACGUUAAAUUCAAAGUGCGAGACAUAAAUGAGAACUAUACCGCCGUUGUACAUGGUGAAGUUGGUGGUCGCAGAAGACAACUAGAUGAUACGGCAGUAAAUGUACAGAAAAUUGCACAUUCACAACAGCUUGUUGUAGCUGUCUCUAUCCCUGAUAAAGGUGAAUACGGACUGUCAAUACAACAUAUGACUACAAUGAAGACAAACAACGAAUGGGAAAAUGUUUGCAAUUACCUUAUUUCGACACUGGCGUAUACACCCGAACGUGCAAAUGUAAGAAAUGCUAAACAGAAGCUUAAAGAAGUAGUUGAAGCGCCUGUCGAACCAAGACGAUGGAAAGAACAGAUAAAAGACAUACAAAGUUGUAUUCAAAAAUGCAAGAAAGAAAAGGUGGCCGACUCAGAUGAUGAGAUCAUCUCUGCUAAUGCAAUGGUCUGGUUUCUAUUCUGCAAGGACAAAUUACGAGAUUGCGCUUUACGAAGAAACCUGCACGUGAUUCAAAAGACGUUACAGAUUGUUAGCCUGUACAAAAACAGAGAUGCGUUGACAAUGGAAAUCAAAAAGGUCAAAGAAAUAGCAGAUGAAAUUGUAGCAUUAAAUGGUUUCUCCAGACAAGUACCAAAAUUAGAGGAAGCAAACAAAGAAAUUGUAGCAUUGAAACACGCUCCUGAUGAAGUUCAUAACACAUUAAAAGCACUUCUGGUAUUAUUAGGAGAGUCAGAGCAUUAUUUGAAGGACUGGGCGACUAUACAGUCUCGGAUGAAAGCUUCAACACAUACAAAUGAAACAUCUGUGCUAGGCAUGAUGACACACAUUAAAAAGCAGGAAAUGGAUCAAGAGCGGCUUCAAAGAGCGUUUGAAAUUUUGCAUAGAUAUGAUGAAAAGCAAGUUAGAAAAGUUAAUAGUGACGCUCACUGCUUCUACCUUUGGAUUGAAAAUAUUAUAAAUGUGCAUGAAGGGAACUGACGUCAUUCAUAUGGAAACAUACCAUAUUCAAGACAUAUAUGACUCCUGGACAGACUCGGUCAAAUCUGGUCUGCCAUUAAUUUUCUUGGUAACUUCCAGAGGAUCAUUCUACAGAAAAUAUUAUCAUAAAAUCUUUCAUGAAGUAACUUGAAAUUGUCAAUAUGUACACAGCUUUACUUAGCUAGUAACCGGUAUUACUCAAGUUUGAUAACUUCGUAUUACCACGGCAGCAAUUGAAAUAGAGUUUAAGUGUAUUUGACUGAGGACUUCCAAAGAAUCGCGUCGGGUGUACUUAUUGAUCAUUAAUUUUGUAAUCUUGUAUGUUGUAUUGUUGUAAUUUGUAUGAGUCAAUGGCAUGAGUCGAGCAUAAAACUACUCAGUUCAGAGUUACUUUGCCAAUUUUAAAAGAAUUAUUUGUGUUUGUGAGAAUAUUGUAACGUAUGCUUAUUUGAAUAUUUUCUGCAUUCUGCUUUUUGUAUGAAAAAUAUUUUUACUUCGUGGGUUUCUUUAUAUUAUGAUAAGAGACAAGACAAGUUGAGAUAGAGUCCAUUUAUUAUUUUUCUGUAAAUGUUUGAGGCGUCAAAAUCUUCAUAUUUUCGAUAAGUGUUUGGGAUAUCCAAAUUACAUUCAAAAUUUACAUUAAAACCUGUGCGAAAUUUUACAGCUGUUUACUCUUGUAGAUUUAUAUAACUACAGCUGUAGGUCGAAUUAUGCAAAUGAGAUACAGCUGUAAAAAUGUUGCAGCUGUAAAAAUGAAAAUGUUACAGCUGUAAAAAUGAAAAAGUGAAGGAUGUUAAUAUGCCUAAAAGUUACAGCCGUAGAAAUAUAACAGGCGUUGAAAAAGAGAACAUUAUUUUAAGGGACGAAAUCAGAUAACAAAAGUUUUAGGAUGAAUUGCAAUUCUCUAGAAAGGGUAGCAAUUACUACAUAAAUGGCAAAAUAAAUGAUCUAGUAAGUAAAGAACAAUAUGAAAUAUGUUUCUAGCAUAGCAAUUGCAAAGGUAAAGGGUAGGAUACAAGGUAGAAACUAUGCAUCAUUUAUUGUUUAUAAAAGUUUCUAUGUCAUGGAAACAUAUAACAAUUUUUGAAUUAUUUCCAUUUAACUUAUCGGUUUCAAAUAAAGAGUAAAUUGUUAAGGCAUGUGCUUACACAUGUCCUUUUACAGCUGUAUUAGAUAACUAAACAUUUGCACUGACUCCAUUAUGGCUAAAAUUCCAAUAUUUUUGAUGAUGUUGUGUCUCUGUGAAUUUCAGUUAUAUCCCACCAAAACGAAUUAAAGAUGACUGACAGUACUCGUGUUUCCCUCUAAAAAAGAUACAGCUGUAAUUUUGAGACAUGACCAUUUUACAGCUGUAACUUUCAACUAAAUUGUUUACUGCUGUAUUUUUGAGACCUGCUAUUACUUUAUUAAUUUUACACCUGCAAAUUUCAACAGUAUUUCUGGUUUUAUUCCCCACUUACAGGUCCAUUACAUCUGUAAUUUCUAAAGACAGGUGUUUUACAGACGUUUUACAGCUGUAAAACAGGUCCUAUUUCAUACAGGAAGUUUUAUUUAUUAAUUUACGUUAAAUGAAAUUAGAGCAAUACCUUUACGUUUGCCGUUAAAGAAUUGUUGUUAUUGUGCUGCGAAUAGUAAAAUAACUUGCCUAAAACACAACACAUCUGAUAAAAUAGAUUGGUAAACGCUCA